AUGCAUAGAAUAUAUAUAGAAGAUAAUUCGAAAUCAUCUAGGGAAAUGCAAUGUAGGCUGAACCCAAACAUGAAAGAAAUGGUAAAGAAAGAAAUCAUUAAAUGGUUAGAUGCUGAUAUUAUUUAUCUUAUUUCUGAUAGUCAAUGGGUCAGCCCAACACAAAUAGUUCCAAAGAAAGCUGUAUUGACGGUGAUCAAAAAUGAAAAAGGGGAAGAAUUACAAACAAGAAUCACCACAGGAUGGAAAGUAUGCAUUGAUUACCGCAAGCUAAAUGCAGUGACAAAGAAGGAUUAUUUCCCUUUGUCAUUUAUUGAUCAAAUUCUAGAAAAACUUGCAGGACAAAAAUAUUUUUGUUUCUUAGAUAGAUUUUCAAGAUAUAAUCAAAUAGCAAUAUUUCUAGAAGACCAAGAGAAUUUUUUUUUCACAUGCCCAUUUGGAACACAUGCAUUUAAAUGCAUGCCCUUUGGUUUAUGCAAUGCACCUGCCACAUUUUAG